ACCCUCUUGACAUUUCAGAUUUCCAAACAACACAUGUUUUGGAAAUUCAUGUUUUGAUUCAACUUUUUUUCCUAUUUAGCACGUGAAGAACACCUCGAAAUGCCUAAAACAAAGAAGAAAUUUAUUGACAGAAAAAAGGCUGUAACAUUCAAUCUAGUGCACAGAUCGCAGCGAGAUCCUCUUAUUGCUGAUGAAACAGCCCCGCAGCAUGUUCUAGUGCCCGUUAAUGCUAACAUUCCACCGAAAAAGGAGAAGGAACCUGAGCUUACACCAGAACAGCGUAAGGAGGAGCAGCGCAAGUAUGGCGUCUACUUUGAUGAUGACUAUAAUUACUUGCAGCACCUUAAGGAUACCAGAGAAGUCACCAUGGUUAUGCAGCCAAAACCAAUUGAAAAGAAGAAGGAGUCCAUGCCAUCAACAUCACAAAUUGAGCCAGAGAAAGUCAUUACAGAGAAUCUUAGACUUCCCAGCUCUGUGUUCGCCUCGGAGAUAGAAGAGGAUGUAGGGUUAUUGAAUAGAUCUGCAACACAAGGUCUCUGUCUGGACCUGGAUCCAGAAGUAGUGGCAGCUCUUGACGAUGAUUUCAACUUUGAGGAUCCUGACAAUGAGCUAGAAGACAACUUCAUUGAACUUGCAAUGGGAGGUGACGAUGAUGAUGAUGAGGAACAGUUAGAUGAUGAAGAUGCAGAUGAUCACUGUAUGUCUGAAGAUGGUGAUAAUGAAUCGGAUAAGGCUUUUGCUUCAGAUUUGGACUCUGAUGAUGACAGCGGAUCACAGGACCAUAGCCAUAGACCGAAAAUGCCUAAGUGGGAUCCUCAGGAUAAGGACGACACGAAAUCUCGCUUUUCGCAAUACUCGAUGACCUCCAGUGUUAUGCAAAGGAACCAAGGCCUUUCACUCCUUGACAAUCGGUUUGAGAAGAUGUUCGCGGAAUACGACGAUACAGAAGUAGGCGCUCUGGACCUGGAGGACAUCGAAGGCUUCAUGCCUGAGUCACACGAUAUGCUGCUGCGUGCAGCUGAGGAGUUCGAAGAAUCCAGGAGACGGUAUCAGCUUGAUAAAGAAGCUGAAAUAGCCAGAAUUCAACGUCUUGAAGAAAUACAAGAAGAGACAUCAGAAGACGAAAUGGUGACCAUAGAAGUUGAACCAAAAGAGAAAUGGGAUUGUGAAACUAUACUAUCGACUUAUUCUAAUCUGUACAACCAUCCGAAAGUUAUCGAAGAGCCGAAGAGAUCUAAAAGAAUCCAACUUAACGCACAAGGCAUACCAAAAGACAUUCUUGGCAGAGACAACAAGUUAACGGUGAAGUCCCUUGCAAAAUUCAACGCACAAAAUGAAUCACUAGAUGACAGCGACGACGAGGCUAAAACGCACGCCGAGUCCAUUCUUUCUUCACUGAGUGUGUUAUCUAUUAGGCCAAAAGAUGAAACACCAGAGGAAAAGAAAGAACGUAAACGUCUCCUUAGGGAGUAUCGUCGCGAAAGAAGACUCGAGAAGAAAGCCAACAAAGAAGCUUUCAAGGAAGAGAAGAAACGUCAAGAAAAAAUUAUGUUAAAUAACAGAAAUAAUGUGCAAGGCAAUCGAAUAUUGUAAAAUCUUAAUCUUUAAGGCCACAUCCCAUUUAUCACUAGGAGAUAUAGAAGUCGGGUAA